AGCCAAGAGGUGAGGGAGCGGUGUGGGGGCACCCAGGAAGGCAGCAGCAGCCAAGGAGUUCAGGAGAGGCAGGGAAAGACCAACAGAUACGGUUCUGUGCUCUCUCCUCUUUGGGGCCAAAGCCAGAGAAAGCACAGCCAGUUGCAUCAUCCUUCUAUUUGCUCAGAUUUACAUUUUGGCCUGAAGCUCCCUGCCCCGGGGAGGUGCCUGAGGAAGGCACCCAGCAAGGACCAGCAGUCAGCAGGUGAGCAAGGGGUGUACUGGGUCCUCGGCCUUCCCUCCACCGCGACCACAGAGGAGGAUGGAGGCCCUCAACGAGUCCGCUCCCAUCAACUUCACCCUCCCGCACAACUUCGGCAAACGGCCCACAGACCUGGCUCUGAGCGUCAUCCUGGUGUUCAUGCUGCUCAUCAUCAUGCUCUCCCUGGGCUGCACCAUGGAGUUCGGCAGGAUCAGGGCGCACUUUCGGAAACCUAAGGGACUGGCCAUCGCCCUGGUGGCGCAGUACGGCAUCAUGCCCCUCACUGCCUUUGCACUGGGCAAGCUCUUCCGACUGAACAAUGUCGAGGCGCUGGCCAUCCUGAUCUGUGGCUGCUCACCUGGGGGGAACCUCUCCAACAUCUUCGCUCUGGCCAUGAAGGGGGACAUGAACCUCAGCAUCAUGAUGACCACCUGCUCCACCUUCCUUGCCCUGGGCAUGAUGCCCCUCCUCCUAUACCUUUACUCCAGGGGCAUCUAUGAUGGGACCCUGAAGGACAAGGUGCCCUAUGGCAGCAUUGUGAUAUCACUGAUCCUGAUUCUCAUUCCCUGCACCAUAGGCAUCAUCCUCAACACUAAACGGCCACAAUAUGUGCGCUAUGUCAUCAAGGGAGGAACGAUCCUCUUGAUUUUGUGCGCUAUUGCUGUCACAGUGCUCUCUGUCCUCAACGUGGGCAAGAGCAUCUUGUUCGUCAUGACGCCACACUUGGUGGCCACCUCCUCCCUUAUGCCUUUCACCGGCUUCCUGCUAGGCUACCUUCUUUCUGCUCUUUUCCGCCUCAAUGCUCGGUGCAGUCGCACUGUCUGCAUGGAGACUGGAUGCCAAAACGUUCAACUCUGCUCCACCAUCCUCAACGUGACCUUCCCCCCUGAAGUCAUUGGACCACUCUUCUUCUUUCCUCUCCUCUACAUGCUUUUCCAGCUUGGAGAAGGGCUUCUCUUCAUUGCCAUCUUUCGGUGCUAUGAGAAAACCAAGCUUUCCAAAGAUAAAAUGAAAACGAUCUCCGCAGCUGAUUCAACAGAAGAAACCAUUCCCACAGCACUGGGAAAUGGCACCCACAAAGGGGAAGAGUGCCCCCCAACACAGCCUAGUGUUGUCUAGCACCCUGGAUUUUGAUCAGAAGGCAAUUCAGAAAACCAACAUGGCAAACUAUACAGAGAGCAGAAAGAUGAAACACCACCAGUAGUAUCUGAGUCUUCAUCAGAAUUAUCAAGCCUUACGUGGAGAACAAAGUGAGAGUUUACCCCCAAAAGCCUCACCUAUCCCCAGCUUAGAACUUGAUAGUUGUUUUAAAAAUAAGACUUACUCAAUGACAGCCCUAUGAGGGCAGGAACUAAAAACUGCCCUUUUGCCCCUGCAUCUCUACAACAGUGCCCCACAGGCAUAAAACAAGCAAUUUCUGAACUAGUCAAUAAAUGGGUUUUUACCCUAAAAACAACACCCAAAUCCUAUUCCAAGUUCUGUGAUCCAAAGGGAAAUAAAUGCUCAGAGGACUGUAGGAGUAGUAAACUUCAGAGAGCCUUUCAACCUUAAAAUUUCACAUCCCAUUCCUUUCCUUUCGACAUCAUUAUUGGGAUUAAAACUCCAGAGAACAUACCAAGUAAGCAAAACCAAUUAGCUAAGACAAAUUCAAAGCUCCAGCCAUAAUGAAAUGAAAACAUUUUGGAGAAUACAGUCCCAAGAGACAAAACUUUAAAAGCCUAAAAAGCAGCACAAACACCAACAGAACAGUUUCAAUAAUCUAAUGAUCCAACCAAUUAAUUAGAUAUGAAGUUUUCACAUUAUGCUCCUUCAAAAUUCAGAAUACUGUUAAGCUACUGCCAAAAUCAAUGGUCUCUACUUUAAAGAAAAAUAAAUAGAACUCUUAAAUUUCAAAAUAUCCCACUAAAACAUAGGCAUUUACCAUACCGCUCAGUAGGCAAACAAGCUUUAGGUGAAAGAUUAAUGAAUACAAACACCUGCAAAACAGCUCACACCAUGUCUAGUUACUUCCAAUUUUCCUAUCACUUAAUGUGGUUAGGUACACCGGAACCCAAAACGAGUUAAUUUUAGGAUAUCAACCUGAUCUGGCAAAUGACCACAACUAAUAACCAGUAUUCUCAAUACCAGAACACCAAGUACCACCAAAUUGGGUCACUAACAACCUCUUACAAAUGUCAAGAUUUGUUUUUAAGAAAGAUUGUGAAAAGAUCUACUAUCAAUCUUAGUUUAGCCACAUCCACUUAUCUGUUCAAACUGUUUUCUCUAUCUUGUGACAUUAUCUGCCAGAAGACUUGGUUAAGCAGAACAAAUUUAAAUGAGAAAAGUACGGCUGAACUUGAUGUAUUACAAACUUUCCCUAGAGGACUAGAAAAAAGGAAAACAAUUGGCUCCUGAGCAACUUUGGGAAUAAGGGUGUCAAUCCUCCACAUUGCUGAAAAUUUAGCCCUCAGAUUCCACAUCCAUGGAUUCAACCAUGGGUCAUAUACUCCAGCGAAAUAUGUGUUGAAAAGCCUGCAUAUAACUGGACCCAUGCAAAUUAAGCCUGGUUGUUCAAAAGCUGUAUAUAGAAAACAAGUUACACUAUGCCCAGCAAAGAAAGCUUGGCUCUAAAACUUUGCUUAGGAUUAUACCCACAUGCAUCAUCUUCUCACGUCCUAGAAAUCUGAAAAUUUAGGCCAACUUGUUAGUUCAAAAUAACUUAGGAGUACAGUGUGGCUCAAAAGGGUUAGAGACCUGGAUUCUCAGCGCAGCAGAAACAAACCCCGACUAGGAACCGUGAGGUUGCAGGUUCGAUCCCUGGCCUCGCUCAGUGGGUUAAGGAUCUGGCAUUGCUGUGACCAUGGUGUAGGCCGGGGGCUACAGCUCCGAUUGGACCCUUAGCCUUGGAACCUCCGUAUGCCACAGGUGCGGCCCUAAAAAGACAAAAAGACAAUUAAAAAAAAAAAAAAGUUAGGAACCUGUUAUGUCCGUUAGGAUGCAGAUUCGACACCUGGCCUUGCUUAGCUGGUUAAGCAUCCAGCAUUGCCGUGGCUGUCACCUAGGCCCCAGUUGCAGCUCCAAUCUAACCCCCAGCCUGGGAACUUCCAUGUGCCACAGGCACAGCUGUAAAAAAAUAAAUAACUUCAGUCGUCUCUGCCAUUUGUUCAUAGACAGGGUUUCAUUUCAUUGCUCACCACGUAGCAAUUGUUAAAUAAUAAAGUAACUCACUGAUA